CUCCUCUUUCGACCCAACUUCUCUCCGCGAAGGUCCACCUCCGCGCGCGCGCGCGCGUGUCUCUCGUUAUGUUUUCGCCCGCCGGAAUUUUGCGCGGAAACGUUGGGCGUGAGUAGUUGACGAGUCACGCGACACGUGGCUUUGCUCACCGGAGCGACCCGCCAAGAAGCGCGCGAAGAAGCGUCGCAGUCCGUUCCCGCCGAGAUCGCGAGGCUUCCUCGACGUCCGUCAAAAUGACCAGGUCGAAAAUAGAGCUGGGCGACGUGACACCGCACAACAUAAAGCAGCUGAAAUUGCUCAACCAAGUCGUAUUCCCGGUCUCGUACAACGAAAAGUUUUACAAGGACGUACUGGAAGCCGGAGAACUCGCCAAAUUAGCGUACUACAAUGACAUAGUGGUUGGUGCAGUCUGCUGCCGUGUAGAUACUUCAGAAAAUUCUAGGCGUUUAUAUAUAAUGACUUUGGGUUGUCUCUACCCUUAUAGAAGAUUAGGAAUUGGCACUGUUAUGGUCCAGCACGUUUUAAACUACGUUAAUAAGGAUGGCAAUUUCGAUUCUAUCUUUUUACACGUUCAAAUAAGUAAUGAGGGCGCGAUUGAUUUUUAUAAGAAAUUCGGAUUCGAAGUUGUUGAAACUAAAGAGCAUUACUAUAAGAGAAUAGAACCGGCGGACGCUCAUGUGCUGCAGAAAACGCUGCGUCCACGAACGAAUCAAACGAAUCAUCAAACGGUCAACUAACAAGUAGUAUUGUUCAUUAAUUUAUCUUUUUCAUAAUUUAGAAUCUACACACGUUUCCAUGUUCUGUCAAUAAAGUCAUUUUAUAUUAUA